CACCUGCAGUGGUCAAGGUCAAUUUUUGGUUCUGAUAAGAGGGUAGUCUUUUCCUCUCCAGUCUGGGCCUGAGACCACAAGCAUCUCACUCCUCCAUCGGCUCUGAAACCACGUGUUAAGUCUUGAAACUUUCCUAGUGAUCCAAGGCACUGUGCAGUUAGUUGUAUUGAGUUCAGGGCUCAAUUUGGACCAACAGAGAAAAUACAAACUUGUUACUGUUGUCAUACCUGUACAAUUAUCUAUCAUGGGCCAACGGAGUAGAUUCAACCUUUAUCUGGCAGUUAUAGCAGCCAAUGUUGGUGCCUUCUCCCUCGGGAGCCUGUACAAUUGGUCCUCCCCUGCUCUCAUCAAACUUAGUGCUGAAGAUUCCUUCCUGCCAAUCAAUAUAGAACAAUCCUCAUGGAUAGGUUCCCUGAUAGGCAUAGGGUCUAUAUUUGGGCCAUUCAUAGGAGGCUACUUAGUGGACAAUAUCGGACGCAAGGCUUCCAUGAUCGUGUCAGUGCUGAUAGGCCUGGUGGCCUGGGCCAUUGUGUACUUUUCAACCUCAAUCUGGCCGAUCUAUAUUUCUCGAGUCAUCGGUGGCCUGGGCGGUGGUAUCAUUUUCACUACAGUUCCUCUUUACGUUGCUGAAGUUGCUGAGGACGAUGUGCGCAGUGCUCUUGGAUCAACUCUAAACUUCUUCUUCGCUUCUGGAUAUCUUGUAGAGUACAUAUUUGGGCCCCUUGUCUCAUAUUGGGAUCUAGUCCUGGUGUCCUGUGUUGCACCUAUGUUUUUCUUCCUAUUGUGUCCUUUCAUCCCCGAAUCCCCUUAUUACUACAUUAUGAAGAAUGAUGUUGAGGGUGCUCAUAAGUCACUAAAAACGCUCAGGAAAGGUUGGCAGAAGAAAGACAUUGAGCGGGAACUACAAGUUAUAAAAGUGUCAGUUGAGGAAGCUAUGAAAGAGAAAGGUACAUUAUUGGAGUUGAUCAGCACCAGUACCAAUCGUAAGGCCUUGAUGCUCUCUUGUGGUGCCAUGACCUUUCAGCAGAUGAGUGGCAUCAAUGUAGUCCUCUUCUAUUCAGAGACGAUCUUCAACCAGGCCGGAGAUAUAGGUCUUUCUGCCAGCAAUGCUACUAUUGUGGUAGCAGUUAUUUUAAUAGCCUUUGCUGGUGUUGCCAUGCCUCUCACCAAGGCUUAUGGGAUCAAAAAUAUGUUGAUUGCGUCUGCUUCUGGAAUGGUAGUUUUUCAGACAGUAACUGGUCUCUACUUUUUCCUCCUGUAUGAAGGAACUGAUUUAUCUGCUGUGAAAUGGCUGCCAAUUUUUAAUUUGGUUGGAUAUGUCAUCACAUACUCCAUUGGGUAUGGACCAUUACCUUGUGCUGUCAAAGGAGAAGUGUUUCCGCCGAAUGUUAAAGGUGCGUCAUCGGCAGUAACUGUGGGAUACAGCUGGGGCCUCAGCUUUGUCAUCACUAAACUCUUCCCUUAUAUCAAUGAGAUAUGUGGCAUGUACACAGUCUUCUGGAUAUUCUCUGUCAGUUGUUUCCUGGCUGUCCUGUUCUCCGUCUACAUUAUGAUUGACACCCGUGACAUGAGCCUGCAGGAUAUUCAGGAUCUGCUGAACAACCAGAACAAGUCACUAUCCCGGCCCUCCACCACUCCAAGGCCAUUACAAGAAGUCACAACCAUCACGUAACAUCACUCCUCCUUCUUGACUAAAUUGUCAAAAAAACAGUGCUUUGAUGAUCAGGUUGUAAUUUUACAGUCAAGAAUUCAUCAUAAUUUACUAAUGAUACAUUUACACUCCUGACAAGAGGAACGACUUAAGCAGAAAAAACACAGGAGUCUAAUCUUUUCAAUGAAUUCUUACAGCUCCCAACUAAAGAUUUCCAAACUCUACAUAACCAGAGCUGAUGUUUGUUUAAUGUUAGGACACUCUUACUUUCUGCUUGUCGUUCCUGUUGUCAGGAGUGUAAACGUAUCAUUAGUAAAUUAUGAUGAAUUCUUAACUCUAAAAUUAUUAAGAGAUCAUCAAAGCACUGUUAAUUCAGCUCAAAGAGUAAGUUUUGUUCACUGAACUACUUAAACAUUCUGUAUACUUCUACAACAAACGAAUGCAAAGAAUGUAGUAAUUAAUGAAGAAUGAAUAGCUUAUUAAGUAAAUUUAACAAUAAAAAC